GCCACAACCGGGAGGCGGCAGGGGCGGGCGCCCCCUGCUGCCUGGGCAGCUGCUGCUGCCGCCUGCACCCGGCGCUGGCCCCGUAGCCAGGGGCGCUGGGCCUGCCCGCUCCCGGCCCGCUGAGACUCGCCGCUGCUGGCGGUUCCCAGCCGCCGGGGGAGCAGGGCUCGGGGUGCCCGGCUGGGUGCGGCUAGCUCCUGCCGGGGGGGGGUCCCCGCUUUUCAUGCUCCGCCCGACAGCCAGCAUCCUGGCUUGGGUCCCGCCCUGGUCCGACCUGCUCCGGGACAGCGAGGGCGAGCAGGAGAGGCAGCACCGCGCCAUGGCCCGCUACAGCCUCGGCAACCUCCUGGACUGGCUCUACGGCGGGGUGGACCCCAGCUUCGCGGGCAACGGGGGGCCCGAGUGCGCCGCCUUCCUCACCCCGCAGCAGCGCCUGCUGGAGAGCCUGGUCUUCCUCACCGUGGGCGUCCUGGAGAUCCUGGUGUCCCUGCGGAAAAUCAGGCGGCAGCUGCACUCCAGGGAGGAGGGAAACCAUCCGGCCCAGCAAUCCCAGGCCAAGCAGGAGAGCCUGGGCAAGAACCUGCUGCUGGUGGCCCUCUGCCUCACCUUUGGCCUGGAGGUGGGGUUCAAGUUUGCCACCAGGACGGUCAUCUAUCUGCUGAACCCCUGCCACGUGGUCACUAUGCUGCAGAUUUUUCUCCUCGCCUGUCCCCCAUGUCGUGGUGCAAUGGUUCUGUUCAGGUUACAGAUGCAUAUGUUAAAUGGGGCCCUCUUGGCAUUGCUGUUUCCUGUGGUUAAUACACGCCUGCUUCCCUUCGAGGUGGAAAUUUAUUACAUCCAGCAUGUGAUGCUCUAUGUUGUGCCCAUCUAUCUGCUGCGGAAAGGAGGUAUCUACACUGCAGAACCACUUUGCAAUUUCUGGUGGGCUCUGUUAUCCACUGGCCUGAUGUUUGUCUAUCAUUUUAGCAUCUUACAGAUUUUGGGACUGGUCACGGAAGUGAAUUUGAACAACAUGUUAUGCCCAGCCAUCUCAGAUCCUUUCUAUGGGCCCUGGUAUCGAAUCUGGGCAUCUGGACAUCAGACUAUCAUGACCAUGGCUCAUGGAAAACUUGUAAUAUUGUUCUACAGUGCUGUCCCCGUCUUUAAAUAUAGUGUGGAUUUGCUUAGACUCCCAUCUAAGAAAAUAGACUGAAAUUUCUCCCUGGGGAGUAGCACUUACAGGAAGCGGAGGUACCUGUAUUCAUAUUGGAGAAGAAAGAGGAGAAUGAAAGGACAGUGUGUUAGUGUGUCAUGUCUGCUGCUCCUCCCUCCCCCCUCAAUAUUUCUUGCCUCAAAAGAGCUCUACAAUAGAGUGAGGAUUUUCUUCUUUCAACUGCUGUUUUUCACUGCCCUUAGCCAAUGGCACAAUUAGUGGCCUUAUUCUGAGAGAAGUUGGUGUUUCUUACAUAUUUUAUGCAGAUUACAAUGGAACCUCCCUAACCCACACUAUAUAAUUACCCCAGAAAAUGGCAGGCUCUGUCUGCAUCCCAGCAAAGAGAGUGGCAGUACAGUCCCCUUAUCAAGACUUCAUUAUUGUUUGCUGUGUAUCCUUCAGUACAUUUACUGAUUACAUUAUAAAGUAUAAGAAAAAGCUGAAUUCCUCCUCUAACCGAAAGUGAACCAAGCACGAUUCGUAAUGCAUCAUCCUGGCUUAACUUUCAUUAUUUGAAUUUUACUAGUUGCUGAGUAAGUGAAGCAAGAUGCAGUGGGUCUCCCAGUUUGUGUGAAUUAGUGAGGUUCUAUUGCACUGCUUUAAGCUGGUUGAAGAUAAUGGGGAACAGAAGAAUCAUUCUAAAUAUUUUUUUUUAACAUUUAUCUUUUAAAUUGGAUUAUUUCUUUCUCAGCUGCGAUGGAUCUGCACCUGUGUGGUUUGAGCCCAGCAUAGUAACGCCUUUGAGGAUGCUCUGACUUGAAUGCGUGAAAAACCAUCAGGUUGGAACAAUUGUAUUAAAAAAUCAGGCAAGGUGUAAAUUGUGAUGGGUGGCGUUUCAUCUAGUCCUUCAAGUUGCCCCUGAACAGAAAGAAAUAUGAAUUAAAGGGACACUGUCAACCUGGUGUAGACCGAGAAAACAAAUUACAAAACCCCACGUGAAGAGUUUUAAACUUCAUUUCGUGCUUUUAAAAAAUUCCUGCCCUGUGUUCUGUAUUGAACAGAUGAAGAGAAACUGCUAUUCUGGUUUCUCUCUCUAAGCGUCUACACACCAUAUGCAGUGAUUUAAACUAAAUCAGUGCAUCUCUAGUCUGGUGGCAGUUAUAUCAGAGUAAAGGUAUUCUAUACCAGCAUAGCUUGUUUCAUUUGCUACUAUAACAAGCUGUACUGCUAGAAACACCUUUAUACUGGUAUAACUGCCUCCACAGUAGGGCACUGCACUGAUUUAACUAAACUUAUUGCAAAAACUGCAUGCAGAGAUGCAGAAAGAACACGUAUAACCGGGGAAAAGCAAAUUCAAUGUAAUCCAUUUACUUCAGUUUUAACAAUGUUCAGUAUUAAGACGUUAUACUGUACAGACAAGUGGAAAGGGGGGAAAUCUUGACAGUGUUCCUUUUAAUUUUUGAAAUCUGAGUUCAUGUUGGUUGUAUUUCAGAGCUGCAUCACAGGAAUUUGCUGCAAAAAGUGAUUUUUGGCUUGCUUGUGUUGCAUUGCCAUAGCUGUAAUAGUAUACAGAGUCACCAUACCUCUCCCUUCGGCCAAGUUGCCCUGCGAUCAUGUUCUGAAGUUAAGGUACAGCCAUUUAUACCUCAAGGAGAGAGCUCAUUGCCUAGAAAAAUUAUCAAAGUUACAGACCUGCAUUUUUUAAAAUUUUUACAAAGGCAGAUUUUGAUAGGGGAGAGAGAACACAAAUGACUUCUCUAAAUAGUUUCACUCCAUUUAAUUAAAUAUAUAUAUAUUUACAACUGCAUUCAGGAGUAUCCUGUCAAUCUGUAUUCUAAUUUGUAAACCCUUUUCUGGACACACUCUGUGCCUGGUGGCAUAUAUUAAAUAUCAUGAAUAACCUAUGCUGCCAUCAUUAGAUAAAAAAGCAGAUUUACUCAUUGCACAGUUGCGAUCAAUUUAAAUUCCUGUUACCCAGACCAACAAAAUGCAUGUUCCUGUUCCCGAUCUUCAGUCUCCAGCAGGAGUUCGCCUUUGAGAGCUAAGCCCCUGAUACUCGCAAUGAAUAUCUGUUUACAGUGUGGCUCUCAGGCCCUGAUCCUGCAAGCACUUAAGCACGUUUGACUUCACUCAUCAGAACAGCCUCACUCCUACUCCUGUAUGUAAAAUAAGCACAUCUUGCGGAAGCAUUUGCAGGAGUGGGGGGAAAGCACCAGUGUUAACAAAGGCGUGAUCCUCCAAAGGCAGAGCACUCAACUCCCAUUGAUGUCAGUGGGACUGCAGGAGGUGAUGUCCUGGCCCCAGUGAAACCAAUGGAGUUUUUUGGCCAUUGAUUUUCAUGGGCCAGGAUUUCAUCCAGGGUACUCGGCAUAUUGCAGGGUCAGGCCCUAAUGUUCAUGUUGCUAGAUAUUAAGCAGUGUCCCCUACUUGAAUAUACGUUAUCUCAUAGGAACAGCUGAGCUAAAUCAUACAGCACUUCCUCCCAUCCCCUAAGCUUGUCGAAGUUUAUUUUGGUUUAUUUAUCUAGCUAGCAGUCCCUUAGGAAAAUGCCCUGGGCCAGACACCCCUGCUGUAACUACAAUGAAGUAUGUUUAGAAAGACCAUUGGUGUUACCACAGGGAUGCAGUUGGCCCAUCCUUUCAACACUGGCACUAUUGCUUGGAUUUAAGUUGUCUGAUUCUUGCCUUUUUCUAACCCAUUUUUUAAAAACGUUGUGGCUACUGACGGAUUUUGACAGCUACAUUCAGAACAGCAGCAGCCUCCCAGGUUUAAAGCCUCUUAGUAUUUUUGAAAAUACAGCACUUCUUGCCUACAACUGUGUGCUUCAGGGCCUUCUAAUAAGUACAGCCACAGCUCUUUUAGGCCACCACUAGCGUCCUAUGAUCAAAUAGUGAGACUAAUGGGGAAUUUCAAAUGUGUAGCUUAAGGGGUGCCACCUCCAUGGCCGGGUAUUUACUUGAAGUGCUGAAUUUCUAGCUCUUUUGACUGGUUUAAAAAUGUAGGAGCAGGCAUGGUAAUUUUGAGAUGAGUUAGUUGGAAGUCGGGGAAGCCCCUAAAGCAGUAGGUCUGCUCCUAAAAUCUGACUCUCAUUCCUCAGCUGAUCUCUUACAAUAGACACAGUCUGUAAGGAGCAGCAGAAAGGUGGGGAUUGUUCAGUUCAUAGGAUGUUGGUUUGGAUGAUAGUGGGCUACUCAGAAGCUGGGCAACUAUUAAAAUAUCCCAUGGGAGGGUUACAUCACUUCUAUGGUGGAAGAUUUAUUUUUCUCCUAUUGAAUGGGUGGGUUUUACAAGCACUUAUAAUAGAGGAGAUGAUCCUUGGUUGGCUCCUGUUUAUACUGGAAAUGAAGAGGUGAAGCCAGGAAGUGUGAAAAGGAGAGGAAAGCACAAGGUGAGUGACCAGUCAGUGUGAAAGGGAUAGCUUGCCUCUGGCCAGCUGAGCUGCCCGAGACAGAUCACUUUGUCUUCCACUAGUUCAUGUGUGACAAGUCAUCCUCACUACCAAGGAAAAAUCACUUAUGGUGCUGAUAGCUAACGUUUCACCCUGAGAAGGUUAUUCUCCAUAGUAUUCAGACCUCCAGUGACAGGAAAACAAUUUGUGGUCUUUAAUACUAUUGUUUUUCCAUUUUUAAGCAGAUGACUUGUCAGGUGGGAGCCUGAAUAUUGUGAUAGUUUAUUUUUAAAAAACAAGAGGAAGGGGAAAAAUAAGAAGCCUAGAAAGGAGAGACAGACUCAUAGAAGUGUGGGUCCGGAAGGGACCUCCAUAGGUCAUUUAAUCCAGUCCCCUGCACUGAGGUAGGGCUAGUAUUAUCUAGACAGAUGUGACUGGCUAGUCUUUGUGCCAAUGGAAUCAAUCCCAAACUAAACCUGCCUCUGUUUAUCAAGUGCAUCCUUAUUUUGGGGGUGUCUCCCCCUCAGUGGAGAACUUUGUGUAUGUUGAGGGUAAAAUUGUAUCUUUAAAAGCUAGCUCCAACUAUUUAGCAACAUAGUGCUCUGACCACUGGAGUGGGCCUUUCUGAGCACAUCAAACUCUGCCCUUGUCUCCUCUCUACUCUACAGGAGGAGCCGUUAGUAGCUACAAUUAAAUUUACUGAUCAUACAGUUUGUUUAUGCUCAGGCUGAGAAGCAUGAACUAAAGAUGGUAACUCUUCUGCCCAUGUAAUGUUAGGCAGCACCCGGUGCAUGGUAAUGGAUUCUGGGGCCAAGGCUUUCAGUAGUCUAAGACACACCUAGUUCUAUUUUUCAAAGGUUCGGACACACCACUGCGGUGUUUUACCAUUAAUCUGUUUUUGUCCAUCUUCCGCUUAACUGCAUUGGACUUCAAACACCAAAGAUGAAUUUGCAUCUUGUUUCUCUCAUAGGCUGGAAAUUAACAACUCUUAGUCAUGUUCAGAAACAUUAUAUAUAAAUGGAUGCAAGGCCAUAGCCCCCAAAUACACCCCUAGACGUGGUAUUAGUUUGACUUCUUAGUGCUUGACAAAUGCUGCUUGUAGGCAAAGCGCUUUGCUGAAGCUGGGAGACAUGAGCAGUCAGUUCAGUUGUGCACUUUAAGGUUUUAGAGUACCUCAGUGUAGAUGUAUUCCCCUCUGUCUGUAGCCGCAAUCAGGGUUUUGAUAUUUCUGUAUAUUUGAUAACUGAAUGUUUUGUAAAAACCUAAGUGUCUUUCCCUUUCAGAAAUGGCUAUUUGCAGUUGUUUAAGUACUUGAUUCUUUGUCCCAAGUCUUGUCUAUAAAUCACAGGCAUUGGUUUCCUAGGUAUUUGUAACUACAUGAGGGAAAAAAUAUAGAUGAGUAGUUUUUCUUGUUGCAGUUAUUUCCAGUUGCAUUUGUUGUUUUAUUAGGUGAACUUUUCAUAAUUUUAUUUUAAAAGCAGAGGGAUAAAGGGAUGCAGCAGCAUACAGAUGUGACGCUGGGAAAGUUCGUCGUCCUAGUUUUAACAAGGUAAAAAAUUCAAAGGGGCAUCUGGUAUUAGUCCGUAAGCCGAAAUGCUGCAGGUAUGUUUGUAAACACAAAGACAACUACUUUUUGUAAUUAGAAUAAAACACAUGAUGAGAUCCAUAACAAACAGUUCUUUUGUGACCUCGUGCUCAAGGUGAUAUUCCUGUAACUCUGUUUUUCUGCUUAGUGUUGUUUGGUUAAAGCCGAGCUGUUUUUAAAAUGGCUGUAUUUUUCUUGAGGGUCAAUUUUAUACCUUUUUUUAUUUUUGCAUUUAUUCUGAGUCAUAGUUCUCUCAAUGCGGCAAGUAGAGCGGUGAGUGCACCCACACUGCUGUUGACAGCCAUGCUCUGCCAGGAAGCUGGAAUUGCUACAUGCACUGAGCUGAGGCACAAAGCUGUCUUUGGAAACUUGCAGUUCCAAGUACCCCACCCUUGGUUCCAACCACCAUGUUAUCCAGGCACAGGCUGGAACUGCAGGGGCAGGGACCAAUGUGGGUGCUCAGCUGCCACCUCUGCUGUUGGUUCAAAGUAAUUUGUAAAAGUGGUCUAAAUUUUGUAACCUUUUUAAUGUGCUAAAACUUGGUUAUCAGGUAACAUUUGCAGAUAAGGGGUAUAUUUGUGUACUUGGUUUUUUGUAUUUUGGUCUGUUUUUGUUGGUCCCUAUCUGAGAUCCUGCUCAUUGGGCAAUUAGUUGUUAAAUCUUUAAUUAAAGGAAUAAAUAUCUUCUACUCUGUA